AUGUCCUUCUUCUGGCAACUGCCGGAGAAAGAUGCACUUGCAGACCUGCCAGAUCCUGGCGCCGACGAGGAGGAGAAGCGUGUCAAGGAAGCCGCCUUGAAGAGGCCAGGCAUGCUGGGACUGGUGAAUGAGGAAGACAAAGCGGCCGAGCCCGCUGUUCAGUGGCCACCAGUGAAGCCUCUGCCACCAGCAGAGUCAGACCGCCGCAGCCGCGGUGGGCGUGACAGACGAAGGCGCGGCGGCUCAGAGAAGGUCCCGGACACUUACGCCCAGGACUUCAGGGGCUAUGGCCAGAAUCAUGGUCACAGCGAUGACAAGCUAAGAAAGCCGCGAGACAACGGCUGGCCUCUAGACCGUGGCCAACGCCGGCGCCCCGAGCUUGGAAAGGGCCGCACAGGCAAGGGCGGCUAUAAAGGAGAUGAGAAGGGCAGCGUUGGCAAGAAUGGCUACGGCAUGGGCAAAGGCUUUUACAAAGGCUACGAAAAGUUCGACAAGCCCGAGCGUCGCUUUGCUGCCGAGUUUGAGGGUCUCGGCUCUUUUUGCACCAGCCUCCGCGUGUGGAGGCUCGCAGCUCAUUUGUCAAGGAUCAACGGUCCCUUGCCACUGGCCGCAGGAGACGGUGGAGGCAAAGGCCCGCCAGAAAAGGGAAGAGCAAGAGCAGCAGACACGCGUGGCACCCUUAUGGCAUAUGGGUUCUUGAGACAGCCUGAGAAGAUCCGUGAAGUCCUUGCCGCGGCUCAGACAUCCCUCCGUAUGGCCACCUCCGCAGAGGAACUUGAGAAGGCCAUAGGCUUGGCCAAGGACGUACCAGAGCACGAGUGGAAUGUGCAUGCUAUUGCAUGUAUUAUGCUGGUCUCCGAACGUUCCAAUUACUCCAGGCAAGCAAGCCAUUACUCAACGCUCUUGCAGCAUAAAGUUAGCCUCUUGAUCUUGCCAAGUCGCCUGGAGUUUCAAUGGCGAAGGCGCUCAGACUCGCGGCGCGGGAGGUCCCGCUCCAUGCGGCGUCACAAUGACGGCCGUUCCCCACCUCGGCGGCGCUCGGAGUCACGGAAAAGGUCGCCUCCUCGACGGCCAGCACACUCCCAGUCGAGGUCACGCAGUGACGGCGCUGAUGGCAGGGAAGCUCGCAAACCACGUCCGGUCAUCACACCAGGGGGUGGCAUCGAGUCUGUGGAGGCCAAAGUGGUUGAUGCUCGAACUCGCCACAGCGGAGAGCCUACCUUCCAAGCAGAGGUCUAUUUGGGCCUUGAUGCUGCCGCCGCAGGCCGUCAGAGAACGAUGUGCAUCCGCGGGCCCUGUCGGGUCGACAGAGACCAAGCGCAAGAAGAUGCCGACAAAAUGGAGGACGCCGCCAAGGAUGGCAUCAAGGCUGUGCGGGAGAUUGCCGCAAAGAUGAAGAGGUCUCGAAUUUCCACAACUCCGGCCUGA